AUGUGGUCUGAGGCUUUACUUUUUACUGGCCAAGCUGCCAAAAGACGUAUUUUAGAGGAUGCUGACCUAUACUACAGCCAACACAAAGACGGUCAGUUGGUACAACUGUCAAAGCUGGAGCAGCGCUCUCGCAGGAAAAAAAUGCUUGACAAAAUGUCAAUGGUGCCAGGUAAAUUGGACCACGCAACAAUAGUUGCCUACGUUGUCGGUUCAUUCAAAAAUACUGAUUGA